AGUGAAAAGUCUACGUGGGGAAGAAAGGUUGGUCUGACCGCGUUUGAAUACCUUUCACACCCGCUGCACCGAUGUCCAAUCCAGGUUAGCUGUGUGUCCUCCCUCCUUGUCGAAACACCGUCUCCCUCCCCCCCUGCCCCCGUUAGUCAAAUGGACUCGGUGAGCAGCAGCCGGAGCGUAUAAAUGGGACGGAGAGCCGCCGACAGCCUGUAAUGCUGCGCCGGGUGCGGCAGUCUCUCCGGCAGGUGCUGUUUCUGAUGGCCCGGAGACCGGCUCUCCUCUGCGGGGCUAUCGUGCUCGGCGUCCUGCUCAUACUGGCCGUCAAAUUCACAUGCAGCCGUGCCAAAAAUGUGGUGGCAACAGCUCGGCCUCCGGUGCGGUUCUUCUCUGCCGAGGCCCCGGUAGUGGACCUCUACUUGGGUCAGCUAGACCAGGUAGAGCGUCUCAGGAGUAUGGCGGAGGUAUCUCUAAUCUUCUUCUAUGCACCGUGGUGCGCUCACUCGAUGGCUGCCCGGCAGGAAGUGCAGCAGGUAGCUAAGAAGCUGGCCAAGCAGGUGCAGUUUUUGGCUGUUAACUGCUGGUGGAGUCACGGGAAAUGCAGGAGGCAAAACCGCUUCUAUCAGUACCCGAUCAUCCAUUUGUUUUAUAGAAGGUUUGGGCCAAUAGAGUACAAGGGUCCAUUUGUGGCUGCAUAUGUGGAAAGUUUUAUCCUCAGAGUCAUCACACCGCUCACUUACCUCCCAUCCAGAGCCACACUUGACGAGUUCCUCUCCUGUCACGAGCCUCGAGUGGUGGGUUUCUUCCAGUUUAACUCCUCACCUCAACCACCGGGGUACAUCACGUAUCUGUCCUCGGCCCUGCAGGCCCUGAGAAGGGAUUUCCGUGGUGUUGUACGUUUUGGGGUCAUAACAAACAAACAGGUGGCGGGGGCCAUUUCACUAACAGAAGAUGAAACAGUUUACCUUUACAGAAAAUUAAACUCCUCUUUGAUUUUCCCUCGAAGGGAGCGUAACUUCACAUCCGAGGCCAUCUGUAACUGGGUGUUUGAACACCACGAGACCGUCCUCCAUUGGCUGCAGCCUCCAGGAACAAAGUCCCGCCUCCUGGAACAUGAGCUGACUAAAGGUCCGGCACUGCUGCUGUUCCUGCCACACAAUCCCCUCGGGUCCAAUCCCAGUCCUAUACUACAGCAGGUUGCGGACAUUGCUGUGCGUUAUCAUUCCUGUGACAACAAUAACCACUCUAGCUUGGACAAAAGUUUCACCUCUCUUUGCUGCCAGUCAGUUCUUCUUCCAGAGUCCAGUACAAGUGUGUGUGAGGUGUGCCUCAGCUUGUCACAAUCCAUCCUGACCAGCUCCCCUGUAGGCUGCUCGUUCCCCUCCACGGCUCAGGGAGGAGACCUGCUGCAUUCUUAUCUCAGAAACUGCUGCCUGCACCAAGUGUCUGCACCCAUGUCCAUAAAAACCACAACUUUAGUGGUCUGUAGCAACUUUCUGAACAGCUACAGCCCAUUUAGUCAAUACAGUGCCUGCUGUAGAAAAGUAGAACCUCAACUCAAUGAUUCACAAGCCAAAGAGGAGCCAGACAUGCAAAGAGUUCCCAUUACGCCUGCUUCUUCGUCCAUCCUUCCAUCCCCUGGCCCUCAGCAGGGAGGAGAUGGCAUCACGGGGCUCCGAUGUCGGACCAACAGGACGCUCAGGUUUUAUGUGCUGGACGUUGCUCUAAACUGGCCUCUGGCGAUGAGGCUCGGAGCACCAGGCAACAGAAGUGCUCCUCUUCACCAGGAGGCUGGUGCACAAGGCGAUGGGAGCGGUGACGGGUCGUUUGCAGCUAUUGUGAACCUGAAGGAUGAGGUUCAUUAUGUUCUCCACCGCGACCCAGCAACCACACUGACAGAGUCUCUGGAGGCCUUCAUCAGGAACUUCAGUGCUCCGUACAGCCUCUUGCAGAGACACUUGGUCGGAGAAGAAGACAGGAAAAGAGGCGAGGGGGAAACCAGGCAUCCAGACGAACACCAGCACUCGCCCCAGCGCCCCCUCAUCACAGAACUGACAACCUCCACCUUCCUGCCUUCUGUCAUGGACCUCCAAAAGGACGUGCUGCUGUUCUACUACACUCAGUGGUGUGGAUUUUGCUCUGUUCUCAACCACAUCAUCAUCCAGCUGGCCCGUUUAUUACAGCAGUCAAACAGCACAAUCACUGUUGCCAGGGUGAAUGUUGCACGUAAUGACCUUCCAUGGGAGUUUAUGGUGGAUCACGUUCCCUCUAUUCUUCUCUUUCCCAAAUACAGAAAACAAUUUAGUGUGAAGUUUCCUGACGACCUGCCCAUCACAUUACCCAACCUCCUUCACUUCAUCCUGCAGCACUCCGGCUAUGUACAAUAUGCAGACAAACCAGUGACAGCUCCUAGCGAGGCAGAGGGUCCAGGACCCGGCGCCGUCUUCCGUGCAGAGUUUCUGGCACUCCAGCGUGAGGUUCAACUGCUGCAUCACGCCCGCGAACGUCUCUCGCAACAGCUGGCGCAGCUGUGGCGUGACAACCGACGACUAACAUUUGACACUCGCACCUUAGAAGCCCAGAACGCAGAGCUGAAGCAAGAAAGGCAAAGCUUGGAGGAACAGCACCGGGAGAAAAGCCGGCAGCUCGGGGAGGCGGUGAGACGGCUGCAGGAGCUGGCAGACACCUCCGAAAACCUGCUGAAUGAGAACACGCUGCUCAGGGUCCUGCUGAGGGCGCUGAAGGACAGGACGGAGGCUAAAGAGCAGGCGGAGGCGGAGAGAAAAGAGGCAGAACAGAAAAGAAGCCAUAUGGCCUCCUGACGUCGAAGUCUGCAGGGAAUCCCGAGAGCGAGAGAAGAGGAAGGGAGAGGAAAGACGGCCAGGAAAUGAAGGGAGGACUGAAAUGGAUGAGAAUGAGCAGCGGUUAGACCCAUGAUGUUGUGAAACAGGAGGGAUUUGGGAGGUCAUGUGACACCCACGGGGCUGCAACCUAAUACAUUUUGUCAUGGGAGAAAAUUAGGAUAAAAUGACAGUCAUGAUCUGUCAGAAGAAAAAACGUAAGACUGCUGCUAAGUCAGGACAGAAAUCAGGAAAGGUGGAUAUGUAGCGAGGGAAACGGCAGCGUUUGUCAGAGUACUUCUUUCAAGUGCUGUGAUGAUGAACGUGGGUCAUAGGAACACACUAGUAUGGGAAUUAAGUGCCAACUAUCCAUUUAAAACUACUCAGUUCUAAUACUGCGCUUGCAAAAAGGUAAUGUCUGUUGGACGGUGAAGACGUAACUACAAACACCCUGCAGCCAAAUUCUAGACCUUCCCUGAGUUACCCUGAAAAAAUGGUUCAAGACUCAAAUAACAGCAGUGGCCAGCAGUGUUGGGCUCAUUACUCAUAAAAUAUAAUUUAUUACUCGUCACUCUUUUCAAAUGGUAUAUUAUUACUUUAUGUAUUACUCCCUGCCAGCAGUAGUUUGUGUGUGAAUGUCAGGGGAAUCACAGCUGAGGCUUCAAACUAUCUUUUUUUCUGCAGCCUAAUCAAUAAAAGUUACAGGCCAGAUGACACUUGAACAAAAACUGAUUGCGAGACAAAAUUUUAAACAUCUGUCAUUUAAAAACAGUUGUAACAUAAGCUUUUCCAUACUCCAGGUUAACUUCCUGCUUGGUGACAUGGUAACAACAGUAGUAAGGUUGUACGUAGUUAUUUUUGGGGGGAGUAACUAAUAAUAUUACUGAAAUGUAAUACUAAUUACUUACACUACUCAUUACUGGUGAAAGUGAGACCAGGUUAAAGAGGAAACACUGAGUGGGUUGAGCUGAACUGUAGCUCACAUGGUGAAUUCACAGCACCAAUUCCAUCAGUAUAACCGUCAUGUUACAGUCAUCAGUCUGCUGCUCUGUCUUUUUUAACACAAUGUUUUUCAUACUAAUAAAAAAAUUCCAGUUGUUCCGCCUUUUUGCGGCGCUCCUGAUACAUUUGAAGCUAGCUACGUCAUCAGCACUUCCGGGGGUUUAACACCUGACUGGGUCUGCUGAUGGAAUUAGUGCUGUGGAAAUGUACUGAAUUUAUCAGGACAAACAUGUGGAGGUAAUUUUCAGUUUGCAUUAACUGGGCACUCCCUCCUCUACACAGGCUUUUUGGGGGGGUUGUUGCAGCCUACCUGCCUGAUUUCACAGCAGCUUUUCUAAAAAGGGUUUUUUUUGCAAUGAAAUUAUGGGAUAAGCAAAAAUAAUUUUGCUUUUUUUUUUUUUUUGGAUAAUUAAUUACAAAUAGAAGGCAGAAGAGAAUAACGUCACUAGCAGUCGGCGUAUGGCUCAAAUUUUUCCACUGGAAACUAGAUGAUUGGAGGUGAUUAGACAAAAUUUGCUUUGGUUGAAUUUCUGUUAAAUGUUCUGUUAAAACUUCCUGGAGGGGCUGACUAGGCAAUAGGAAACAUUAGAAAUAAAUGCCGAGUUCUCUCUGCCACUGAAGUAAAUAUAAUUGCCACGAUCUAUAUUUGAGAAUUUCCACUGUGCACUCGCCUGCCGCCCUACCAGCUGAUGGACGAUGAUGAUAUUUUACCAACAGUCCUUUUGCUUUUAAAUUAAUGUACAGUGGCAGGCGAGUUAAUGGCUGCAGCGAUGUAGAGUUUGGCUGCAGGGGGAGAGGGCUACUAGUGAAGCUGAGACUUAUUUAAUACUGAAGGUGUCGCAACUGCUCGCCGAUCUGCAGGUGAGCCUAAGAGCACUUGAAAUAAUUAGCAAGAUUUCUCUUUUUUUUUUGAAGGGGAUAUAGUUCUUUUGUUAAACUGAUCUAUUUUUACAGGAAUCCUUGAGUCACUAAAAUAUUAUUUCUAUGUAACUAUUCAGGUAUUAAGAAUGAGAUGCUGCAAUUGUUUACAUGUGAAAUAUUGCACCUGUUUUUACUGAUUAAAAGUCUUUCAUCUUA